AUGGAAGACGUUAUACAAUUCGCAAUCGAACCAACAAAAAAAAAAGAUAACUUUUUCCAACGAAUAAUCUCCUCGUUUAAGCCAGCACCAGCAAACGAUGAAGGAACUGAGCAGAAACCCGCAGACGCAGCUAUCACUACUCCGCCGAACGCUGAAAGUGGCUUAAAACGUACAUUAACCGGUCGUCAUUUGCAAAUGAUUGCCAUUGGCGGUUCAAUUGGUACAGGUCUGUUUGUUGGUAGUGGUUCUUCACUUACGACCGGUGGUCCGGCAUCAGUUCUCAUUGGAUUUCUUAUCAUCGGAGUCAUGCUUUAUACAGUUGUAAAUGCUCUCGGAGAACUAGCAGUCAUGUAUCCUGUACAAGGUUCAUUUAACAUAUAUUCUACACGUUUUUUGGAUCCAGCAUGGGGUUUUGCAAUGGGAUGGAAUUAUGCAAUGGGCUGGCUUAUCGUUUUACCACUUGAAUUAUCGGCAGCUGCGUUAGUAGUUGAAUAUUGGACGAACAGUGUACCCGUAGGAGUUUGGAUCACUAUCUUUUUCGUUCUUAUCAUUAUUAUUAAUUUAUUUGGCGUUAGAGGCUAUGCUGAA